CCGCGCCCCGCGCCCGGCUCAGCCAUGGGGGCCUGUCUGGGGGCCUGCUCCCUGCUCAGCUGCACCCACAUGUAAAACCCACAUGUAGAGGCAGAAGAGCCAGGAGUUGAAGGGCAGCUUUUGGUCUCCCCAUCAGUGAGCUGAAGACCACAGCAAUGCCUGCCUUGGCAUCCUAUUGGGAGAUGGACAGAUGAGAGGUGAAAACUGCCACCCAGCUCCUGUGCACAGCAUCCUGCCUCUGUGGCUCUGCACCCUGUAUCCUAUGCGGCUGUUGCCCCUCAACCCGCAACUCCACGGUGACCCGCCUCCUCUUCACCAGCUUCCUCUUCUUGGGGGUGCUGGUGUCCAUCAUCAUGCUGAGCCCUGGAGUGGAGAGUCAGCUUUACAAGCUGCCCUGGGUGUGUGAGGACAGGGCUCAGCAACCCGUGGUCCUUCAGGGUCCUCUGGACUGCGGCUCCCUGCUGGGUUUCCGCGCUGUCUACCGCAUGUGCUUCGCCACGGCGGCCUUUUUCUGCUUCUUCAUGCUGUUCAUGAUCUGCGUGCGCAGCAGCCGGGACCCGCGAGCGGCCAUCCAGAAUGGGUUUUGGUUUUUUAAAUUCCUGAUCCUCGUGGGUAUCACCGUGGGUGCCUUCUACAUCCCUGAUGGCUCCUUUCCCAAGAUCUGGUUCUACUUUGGCGUCGUGGGCUCCUUCCUCUUCAUCCUCAUCCAGCUGAUCCUGUUCAUUGACUUCGCCCACUCCUGGAACCAGCGGUGGCUGUGCAAGGCCGAGGAGUGUGACUCCCCAGCGUGGUACGCAGGCCUUUUCUUCUUCACCUUCCUCUUCUACCUGCUGUCCAUUGCUGCUGUGGCGCUGAUGUUCAUCUACUACACGGAGUCUAGCGCCUGCCAUGAGGGCAAGGUCUUCAUCAGCCUCAACCUCACCUUCUGUGUCUGCGUCUCCAUCGUUGCCAUCCUGCCCAAGGUCCAGGACGCCCAGCCUAACUCAGGACUGCUACAGGCCUCCGUCAUCACAUUGUACACCAUGUUUGUCACCUGGUCGGCCCUGUCCAACGUCCCCGACCAAAAAUGCAACCCGCACCUGCCCACUAAAAAUGGAACAGGCCAGGUGGACCUGGAAGACUACAGCACCAUGUGGUGGGAUGCCCCGAGCAUCGUGGGCCUCAUCAUCUUCAUCCUGUGCACCUUCUUCAUUAGUCUGCGAUCCUCUGACCACCGCCAGGUGAACAGCCUGAUGCAGACCGAGGAGUGUCCGGAGACUGUGCAGCAGCAGCAGGUGGCCGUCAGUGGGGGCCAAGCCUACGACAACGAGCAGGAUGGCGUCACCUACAGCUAUUCCUUCUUCCACUUCUGCCUGGUGCUGGCCUCCCUGCACGUCAUGAUGACGCUUACCAACUGGUACAGCCCCGGCGAGACCCAGAAGAUGAUCAGCACGUGGACUUCCGUGUGGGUGAAGAUCUGUGCCAGCUGGGCGGGGCUGUUCCUCUACCUGUGGACCCUGGUGGCCCCCCUGCUCCUGCGCAACAGAGACUUCAGCUGAGAAGGCCCCGCAGCCUGCCCACCUGGUGCCUUGGGGCUCAACAAGGGCCCCCCACCCAUGGCCACACCUACCCACCCUCUUCCAGGACCUGCCCAAGUCAGGACCCUCCAGGGUGCCUCCAGGGACGAUGGGACAUUAUGCUCUGACCAAACCCCCCUCCCCCUGCCCAUGGCUGUGCACACUCACCCUUGGGACAGAAGUAACCCCUGUUCUCAGGGUCCCCAGAAGAGGGCAUUGAAGGAGAGAGUGGCCCAGAGCUGCUCAGCUGGCAGGGGGUACCCACCCCACUGGGGUGCUCACACCAAGGCCUAUGCUCCAGGCCUCCAGAGCCCACCCCCUUCCUAGACCACAUGCCUUACUGAGUCUCUAAGACUCCACCCAAUAAACACGCCUGUACAUGU